CGGCAAGAGCGGGGGACUCAUUAAUUGCUCGUUAAUCUCCGCACGUCCAUCAGAGAAAUUUCGAAUCCGCUUCCUUCCUUGAAUCUCUUCUCCGCCGUGAGCUCAUCGUCCCCACAUUCUCCGCAUUGGACUGGUGAAAAAUGGAGACUGAUCAUGCUGACUCUUUACCACCUAAGAUCUCUGAGAAAGAUGCUAGAGACUCCACUAGUACAGAAGCUUCAGCUGCGAAGGUGGAGCCUCGGAGUAAAGCAGAGGAUGAGAUAGUUCCAUGCCCGCCUGGUUCCUCGCCGCCGUCUAUGUUUUCUUCCUCUGGUCUUUCGUCUUGGGCCAAGGGUUUUAACGCUGCGGAUUCGGCUUUCACUAGGUUCACCUCUGAUCUUGGUCUGCAUUUGCCAACGAAAGGGUCAGAUGAGGUCGGUGAAUCGCCCAACACACAAGUUGGUGGUGCUCUUGAGUCGCUAACGAAAGCCGUGGUGGAUUCGUCGCUUGGUGCCGUGAAAGCAAUGCAGGUGAAAGCACGCCACAUUGUCUCUCAGAACAAGAGAAGAUACCAGGAAGGGGAGUUUGAUUUGGACAUGACAUACAUAACUGAGAAUAUAAUCGCAAUGGGGUUCCCAGCUGGUGAUAUAAGCUCUGGUCUUUUCGGAUUUUUCGAGGGACUAUAUCGCAAUCACAUGGAGGAGGUGAUCAAGUUUUUUGAAACUCAUCACAAGGACAAAUAUAAGGUCUACAACCUUUGUUCAGAGAGAUUGUAUGAUGCUUCAAGAUUUGAGGGGAAGGUUGCUUCUUUCCCGUUUGAUGACCAUAACUGUCCUCCAAUUCAACUAAUACCAUCGUUUUGUCAAAGUGCAUACACAUGGUUGAAGGACGACAUCCAGAAUGUAGUGGUAGUUCAUUGUAAAGCUGGUAUGGCAAGAACCGGUCUGAUGAUUUGCUGUCUUCUUCUAUAUCUCAAGUUCUUUCCUACAGCAGAGGAAGCUAUUGAUUACUACAACCAAAAGAGAUGUCUCGACGGGAGAGCUCUCACUCUCCCCAGUCAGAUUCGAUAUGUCAAGUACUACGAACGUGUUCAAAAUCAGUUUGGUGGGAAAGUUCCACCUGAACGAAGAUGUAUGCUCAGAGGAUUUCGCUUAAUCAACUGCCCUUACUGGAUCAGACCUGCCAUUACCAUCUCAAACCACAAUGGUACAUAUCUAAUUAUUUCUUGUCUCUUGUUUUUCAUAAUGUGUGAUAAUAGAUGCUCUCUUUUCUUCUACGUAACAGAUAUACUUUUCUCAACAAAGAAGCAUGAGAAGACCAAGGAUUUAGUGCCUGAAGAUUUUUGGAUUAAAGCACCGAAGAAAGGAGUUGUUGUCUUUGCAAUACCUGGUGAAGCUGGUCUUACAGAAUUAGCCGGCGACUUCAAAAUCCACUUUCAAGACAGUGAUGGAGAUUUCUAUUGUUGGCUUAAUACUACACUGACGGAUACCAGAACAAUGCUGAAAGGUAUCGACUUUGAUGGCUUUGAAAAGAGGAAACUACCGGCUCCGGGGUUCCAUGUCGAGAUAGUAAUGGCAGAAUCCGACAACUCCACCCAACAACAACCUCAAAGCAGCUCCGGUGCUGAUUCAGGCAAAAUCAAGUCCAAACAGAGCAGAGACGAUGAUGUAUUCUCCGACAGUGAUGGGGAAGAGGAAGGAAACUCCAAAGCCGUCGAUUCUAGUUCAACUAAGGACAAAACUGCAGGCUCGAUGCACCAAACUAGUAGAGAUCACCAGAUCACUGAGCCACCGAAGACUGAUGACAAUUCUGCAAACAGGAGUAUCACAAGUUCAUCGUCCUCGGGUCUUUAUAAUAAUAAUCCAGUGCAAGACGACUCAUUGGCAGUUAGUAAUAUCAAAGCCAUUGCUGCAGAUGCAUCGGUCUUCUCCUUUGGAGAUGAGGAAGAAGACUAUGAAAGCGACUGAGCUUGAGAAUUCAAGUUUUACCAUAUACACAGUUUACACACACAAGUAAAACAUUUUUUUGUAUGGACUCUGUUUCUAUAUGAAUAAUAUAGCUUUCUAUGCACCAAAAUAAUUGUUUCGAUGUUCUUAGCACUUUUCUAUUAGACCAUCUUCUGUGGUUCA